AGCGUGUCAUCCAUCAACUUCCGGUAUCACGGGGUAUCUGGGAGACGAAGCGAAAAAGCGGGCAUACCGAAAUCUUUAUUGUUUUUGCCAGUUUCUAACAUUUGGAAAUACAUAUAGUUGCCUUUUAAAGUCAGGCAACGAGGCAUCGUGGGCCAGUGAGCCUCUGGUAUCUGUAUUUAGCUUGCAAAAGAGUCUCAUUCAUUCGGUUUUCUUCGUCGCUAAUGCUAGCUGGUUAGCCUUCGCGCUAGUGUCUGGAGCCCAUUCUUCUGGACUUUGCUACAAGCUAGUUAGCUAACGUUAGCAGGCUUACCCACGCGUACACGCUUUUUUCACUCAAUGAUUAUGUCGGUUGCAUUGUAGAUAAACACAGCGCCGCUAAUGUUUGUGCUUAUUAGCAGUUUUUGGUAAUUUUGUUUAUAGCCUGCAAUUUGAAGCUACGCUACUUUAGCUGCAUUAGCGAAGUACUUGUUUUUAAAAGUGUUGUUCACUUUGCUAGCUUAGCUAGCCUCCGCCAACAGAACAACGCAGUCGCUGAAAGCGUAGUAGCGUUCAACUUACAGAAAUGUCGGACUACGACGAAUUCGAACGACAGCUCUCUGAAAACAAACAAGCUGAAAGGGACAAAGAGAACCGCCACCACCGCCGGUCCUCCUCCCGCAGCCGUAGCAGAGACAGGAAAAGGAGGAGCAGAGACAGAGACAGACGCAGCAGGGACCGCCGUGGGGACAGCAAGGAUCGCAGGCACCGGCGCAGCUCUCCAGCGAACUUCCCCCAGGACAAUACUGGAAGCCGUUCUCCUCACCGUGAGAAAAAGAAGAAGGUGAAGAAGUACUGGGAUGUCCCUCCACCUGGUUUUGAACACAUCACUCCCAUGCAGUAUAAAGCAAUGCAAGCUGCAGGCCAGAUCCCAGCCACAGCCCUCCUGCCGACCAUGACUCCUGAUGGACUGGCUGUUACUCCUACUCCUGUACCUGUAGUGGGGAGCCAGAUGACCCGACAGGCCCGUCGACUUUAUGUGGGCAACAUCCCCUUUGGAAUAACAGAGGAGUCUAUGAUGGACUUCUUCAAUGCCCAGAUGCGUUUGGGUGGUCUUACUCAGGCCCCUGGAAACCCUGUUCUUGCAGUACAGAUAAACCAGGAUAAAAAUUUUGCCUUUCUUGAGUUUCGUUCAGUGGAUGAAACGACACAGGCCAUGGCUUUUGAUGGCAUCAUCUUUCAGGGCCAAAGUCUCAAGAUUCGCCGUCCCCAUGAUUACCAGCCUCUGCCGGGCAUGAGUGAAAAUCCCAGUGUCUAUGUGCCUGGUACACAGACAAUAACUGGUGUGGUUUCCACAGUGGUACCUGACUCAGCUCACAAACUCUUCAUUGGUGGCUUGCCCAACUAUCUGAAUGAUGACCAGGUGAAGGAGUUGUUGACAUCCUUUGGGCCACUGAAGGCCUUCAACUUGGUGAAGGACAGUGCUACAGGCCUGUCUAAGGGAUAUGCCUUCUGUGAAUAUGUUGACGUGAACCUUAAUGACCAGGCUAUUGCUGGGCUCAAUGGCAUGCAGCUGGGAGACAAAAAGCUCCUGGUGCAGCGAGCCAGUGUGGGAUCCAAGAACGCAACUCUGACCAGUAUAAAUCAGACACCAGUGACACUGCAGGUGCCAGGUCUGAAUAGCUCAGUGACUCAGAUGGGAGGUCUGCCCACCGAGGUGCUGUGUCUGAUGAAUAUGGUGGCACCCGAGGAGCUGCUGGAUGAUGACGAAUAUGAGGAAAUUGUGGAGGAUGUCAGAGAUGAGUGCAGCAAGUACGGCCAAGUUAAGAGCAUUGAGAUUCCCAGACCUGUGGACGGUCUGGAAGUCCCAGGCACUGGCAAGAUCUUUGUGGAGUUCACAUCAGUGUUUGACUCCCAAAAGGCCAUGCAAGGGCUGACAGGAAGGAAGUUUGCCAACAGGGUGGUGGUGACCAAAUACUGCGAUCCAGAUGCUUAUCACCGCCGAGACUUCUGGUAGAUGAGGCAAAAAAAAAAGAGCGGAUGGGGUUGGGAUGCAGGGAGUGAGUGUGCCACUUUCCAAAUCAACCCCCUCACUUUUCAUGUUCAUCUGUUUCUUCUGACAGUAUCAAAUAGCAAACGGAUUUCAUGUGAGAAUUACAUGAAAAGACCAGUUGUUAAAAAAACAAACAUUCAUUUGGAAUUAGACGGGAAGAGGGGGCUGGCUUCGGAUGGUGGUACUGUAGCCGAGGAGGUGGGGGAGAGAUGUGUGUAAUAAUAGGUCUAGGGUGGGGUCAACUGUUUUUAUACUCUGAGACAGGGAUGUCAUUGUGGGUGGGAGGGGGGAGCCACACUUUAAGGUUUGUAUUUAAAUGGAGGUAGUCUGUUUUAAGUACAUUAGAAAGGAGGUGAGGAAGGGAACCAACUGGACUGCUGCAAUCAGAAAUACGAGUGGAUAAAACAAGAGUGUGGGUGAGAUGGAAGAUGAGGGCAUUUUUGUUUGACCAUCUUAUGUAGAGCUACAGUAGCUGUAACAUCUGCCUCAGUUUGGCCUUCAUCAGUAGAGAAGUGAGAGGAGAGUUUUUUGUGUUGGACUUUGGAUUGUUUCCUCGUGUUCCUUUUACUUUCCAUCUGUCUACUGCCCCCCCAGGACUAAACAUAUAGUCUGUUUAGUUCUCUUGUCUGAAUAUCAGCUGUAAAUGUUUUGAUACUGUGUGUAGCUUCACUGACUUGAGCUGUAAUAUCACACUGUACUCAAGCCACAGAAUAACGUGAACAAGCAGAAAAGUUUUUUUCAUUAAUACCUAUAUUUUUUCUUUUACGUGACCAUCGAUUAUGCUCGGCUUUUGGCAGGUGAGUAGUUUAGUCCAGGUUUAAUUUGAGAGGAAAAAAACAAGAAUUAGAAGAGGCAAAUUGACAUACUGGUAUUUAAUGGGGAUUUAUCUUAUCCGUACCAAAAAGCCUUAAUAUAAAUUAAUGUCUACUCCCUGAGGAAAAGAAGUUGACUUGCCCAGCUAUUGGUUCAUGACAGUAUCUCCUGCCUUAGUCUUGUAUGCAACAUCUCGCCUCAUUGAUGAGACCAAAAAGACAAUUUUGACACGUUUGUCAGCAGUGAAGUAAAACUACACCUCUGCAGUGGCUUCUUUCAGAUAUUUAUGCUCUGUAGAAAUGAAUAAAGUCCAACAUAACUAAAAUGUCUAAGUAUCGAUCACCUUUUGCUUUUCAGCUUCAUUAUUUGGCUGUGUAGUCUUUUGGGGGUUUUCAAUAAAUGUAAGACAGUUUUGAUGUUAGAAACUGCCGCAUGUAUGUAAACACGAUCUGCUUUUUUCUCAUCUCCCUCUUCUGCUGUUUCUGAGGACCAUAUGUUCACACUGUACGGGCUGACUAUGCUUUCAUCCCCUGGGUCGCUCACGACAGCGCCGAAGACAGUUUGUCAGUGAUAACAAUUUUGAAAUGUUGCUCCUUACUUUUGGGAAAAAAAUCUUGUUUUUCAGUGUCACUGUGUCAUUUAAAUUUCUUUCUCUGGUUAAAAUGUGAUUUCUUAAAUGAUUCAAAAACCUAAAAACCACAUCUAGUUUAUAAAAGCAGAAUGUCUUUCAUUUGUCCGAUUUGUUUUGAAAUGUUGAUUAAAAACUGAAUUUACAUGA